CAUUCCCAACAAAACGUAGCCAGACUUGAAAUCGUGUAGUCGUGUCCAAAAACUUGUUUCCAAAAAGAAUAAAAAAGAAGAAAAGAAAAAUUUAUUUUAUUUUUUCUAAUCACAUUGAAUAUUAUUAAGUUUUGAUAAAUAAUAAUAGGAUUAAUUGAUAAUCCAAUAAAAUAAUGGCAGAUGAACAGCCUAAUCUCCUCGCCGGUCAUCCUCCAGCAGUCAAAGCUGGCGGUAUGAGAAUUGUGCAGCAUAAGGCGCCCAAUUCAGAGCGCCCACCAAAGGAUGCUGAAGAUUGCACAGGAUUGACUCAACCCGUUAGUGUUAACAGUAUGUCAGUAAGUGGUGCCCCUGUUAAGGGUAACUCUGAUUACUCACCCCAAGCGGCUCAAGUUGCUCAUUCACCAAAGCCCCCAGACAAUUUCGCUGUUAAGCACACAAUAAACAUUCAACAACCAAGGAAGUAGAAUUAAAUAACAACUAUGUUAUUUUCAAUUUUAAACUAUAUCAACACCAACAACAACAACAAACACAACCAAUAACCAAACGGUUAAAAUAUUUUUGUACAUCGCACAAUAGGACUUUUAUCAACUUGUUAUAAACUCUCUUUAUUCUAUGGUUCUAUUGUUGACAACAACUAAUUAUUUGCAUUCCUUUAAAACUGUAUUUACUUUGAAAAAAAAAAAAAAAAAAUAAUUGUUACUUUGUAUUCCACAGCAAAAAAAAAAAAUGAAUUAAAUUGUUUUAAUUAAACAAAAAAUAGCUACAAUGAAUUAAUGAAUAUAUGCAGAGCUUAACUUAAAAUUAAAUACAUUUUUUUUAAUAUAAAAUUAAA